AUGGGUCCAAGGGCGCCUCUCUACAGGAGCAAAUGCUAUCACCUCCAGGUGUUUUGCAGGCAGUACGACCCUGUCAUUCUCCAGCUUUACAUCUACCAGCAGCCCCCACUGAUCACUUGGUUCGCAACAGCAAAAUUCGAAAACAAAACCACUCACCUGCAAAGAGGCCACCAGCAGCAGCAGCCACCGCUCCUCAGAACCGCCAAGCAGCCAGCUCCUCCUACAACUCAUCACUGCCGCCGGCAUCGACGCUCUUUUCUAGCUCUGGAGCCAGAAGGGGCAGGUCCUAGCGCUCUGCCUAUUGGAGGGUCGAGCUGUCACUCAUUUGAGGCCUCGCCCCACUCCCGGGAUCAGGUCCGGGUCUUUUCCGCUUCCCAAAGCCCUGGGGUAGAAGGCGAGGCUUUGAUUGGCUCUCUGAGGAGACGAGCAUACUCGCAGACCAGUAAAGACCUGACUUUGACGCCGGGGGGCGGGCCUGGGCUUGGGGAAGUAGAAAAAAACAAAGCCGGGAGCAUCGCCGCGGCGAUAGAAAACCUUUGGGCUUGGGUAGCGUUUAAACCCUUGAGGUGCUGCUGGAAAGCAAUUCGGGUCACAAAUGAACUAUCUGCCAACGUAGAGAAGUGUCCGCGGAAUCCUGGAAGUGAUGAGGGUCACGAAUGGUAUUUUCUGGGAGCUGAAACAGAACUUCGGAAAAUCUGGAAACUUCGGAAACUACCUACCUAUGAAGGAAACUCAUUUACCCCAUCACAUGGCUUCAAAUACCACCAUGUGACAGUGAUGCGCUUGGAGUGACAUUACUGGAUCUGUUUCUCCUGUAUAAGAAAUGCUCCAGAGUCCAAACAUCAGAACGUGUAGUUUGUACAAACUCUGAACUUGGCGAUUUGAAAUGAAACCUCUAAACCAGUCUACUGGGGAGGAUGACGAAGGAACAGCGAGAGAGAGAAGACAGAAUCUUCGAACUUUUCAACAAAAUUCUUUCAACUGUCCUCAACAGUCCUUGGGAUCACCCUUGAUUUCUUCUUAACGUUUGAGCUUAUUGUCGAGGAAAUACUUCCUACUGUCGCCAAGAUGAACAUGCCCCACGUGGUUCGGAGAGAGCCCUCGUUGGCCUCUUGUCCAACUGCCAGUCAUCCCAUCCAUAGCCGGGCAUCUUUUUGUGACCACCACCCGUCACCCACUUUUCUCCAAAUGAGUUCAUUUGAAAUGGGUCGUGGAAGCCCACUCGCCACCCUUGCCCCCUGUCACAAAGCGGGGCAAGAUCUUCUGCAGGUUCCCCACACCAGCUGACAUUUCACUACUUGAAGGCAGGUAGCAUCACCAUCAUCAGGAAACUUGGGGGUUGCCUUUUGUAGACAUUCUCCCAUACACUUCAUAAAAACCAUAGCACCGUGCACCCAAGCUCCCAGUAGCGGAGAGGUAGAAACAACUUCAGUGCUCAUCAAGGGACGAAUGAAUAGACAAAAGGUAGUGUAUGCGUGCAAUGGAAUAUUAUUCAGCCUUGAAAAGGAAGAACAUUUUGAUGUAUGGUACAAGAGACAUUGACAACAUUGUACUAAGUGAAAUAAGCCAGUCACAAAAGGAAAAUUAUGUACAAUUCUGUUUGUGUGAAAUAUCCAGAAGCAAAUUCCCAGAGACAGAGCAGGUUAGCAGGGUCUGAGGAAAAGGCAAAAUGACGGUUUGGGGACUUCCUGUUGGGGUAGUGAAAGUGUCUGCAACUAGCUAGAGGUGAUGGUUGCAUAACAUGGUGCAUGGACCAAAUGCCAUUAAACUGUAUGCUUUAAAAUGGUAAA